AUGCCCGCUUUGUAACUCAUUUCUGUUAUCCUAAACUAUUUGGUUGGAGAUACAAGACAAAGUUGUGGAAUUGAAAAAAAAGAAGAGAUCUAUAAAACCAUUUUAAUCAUUAAAAACCACCUCAAAAGUGAUCCAACUUUGAAAAUGAAUUUAUACAAUGCUGAUUAUGUUGUUAAGAAUAAUGAUUUAACCAUUAAAGAUUUAGAUAUUCAUUAUAAAUGCAAAUUUGAGCUGAAUGAAAUUAAGUAAAAGAUCAAAAAUAGAGAUUAAAAAUUGGCAGAAACAACCUAUUCAUAUCUAAGAGACUUAUAAGGUCUUAGAGAAUAAUUGUUUAGACAAGCAAAUAAUCUAAAUUACGAUUUAUCUGAUCAUAGACAUUUUGAUACCUUUGAAAUAACUGAUCCAAAAUACAGAGAGCUGUUGAAUACUAAAGUUACCAAUAUUAAAGCUGACUACGAAUAGAAAAUUAAAUAUCUAACAUAAAUAUUGGAAUCUUAGAAAAAGGAAAUAGGAGCAUUGAAAUCCUAAAUAUAAGAUUAUCAAUACAGAGCAGAACACUAUGAAAAUCCAGAGUUUUUAAUUAGGAAACUGUUUCAUGUAGAGAGAGAUCCUUAUGAAUUGUGGAGACUUGUUUAAGAUAACUAAGGAAAUCCUUUCCUCUUUUAAGUGUUCUCAAAUUAGAAAAAAGGUUAUGGAAUAGAUUACACAGAAAUAGAUUAACUUUUGAUGGCUGUUAAAGUUCAGGAUAGAAUAUUUGAGCGACAGAAACAAACGUUGGAUUAACAACUCGCUUAAUUUAUGGAAAGAAUCUUAGAAGAUGUUUAUGAUUUAAGAUAAUAGGUUUUGGACAAAGAAUCUGAAUUAGAUACUUAAUAAAAACAAUACAUUAGAAAUCUAACUUUAUUGAACAAAACUAUACUGAAAGCUUUUAAUAAAAUUAUAAGUUCAUAUAACUUGUUGUUGAUGAAGACUACUUUUAAAAUAUGGAAAGACAAAGAACUUAAAUUAGCUCCUCUCCUAAAAGAUUUAUCUAAAUUUUAAAUUAAAAAUCUUGAGCAUGAGUUAUUUGAUUAUUUUAUCUAAUAAAUAAAUGAGAUGUAGGAUAAAGUAAUAUUUUUAGAAUUGAAACUUAAUGAUUAAAAAGCAUUAUCUAAAACUUUAGAAACUAAAAAUUAAAUUGUUCAAAAUACAUUAGCAUUAUUAAAAUGUAAUUUCAAUAUUAAAAAUUUUGAUUUGGAUCUCGAACAAAAAUUAUUGAAGUUAGAUAAUUUUCAAAUCAGAUUUUGUAAAGAAUUAUUAGAUUAAUUAAUGUUAUAGAAAUUGACCUAUUAAAAGUAUUUAUAAUAAAUUCAAAAACAGGAUUAAUAUGUAUAAACAGAUUGUAUAGAAAUUGUUGACUAAUCUCUAAAAACUAAAGAGAUAAUGGUUGAUAAUGUAGGUUUUAUAACAUACAUAAAAGAGAAGUAUUAGGAAAAAAAAGAAAAAUAAGCAGUCCAAAGUGGAAUUCACACUUAAAAUAGAUCAUAUUCUAUUUAAGAAAAUUAGAAGCCAAAUAUUGAUUAAUUGCCUUAAUUAAAAUAACAAAAUAGAAGAAUGACUAAAGUAGAUUCAAAUACUAUAAAGCAAUCAAAUCAGCUCCAAGUGAGUGAAUAAUAGGAACAAUAAUAAUAAUAAUCAAAUAAAAUUACAAGAAAAACAUCUUAAAAAGAUAUAGAAAUUUUAGAAAAAAAAUAAUCUAAAUUUAAAACUGAUUAGUAAAAUUACUCUCCCAAAAGCAAUUAUAUUCAGAACCAGAGAAUCAAUCCAAGUAGUUUUUCAUUUGACAAUGAACCCAUAUCAAAUAAGCAGAUGAUUUGCAAUUCUGAUGAUAUAUCAUUUGAACAAAUAGAUAACAAUCUAUUAUUCCCCCAUCAAAGAAAUAUACUUCCUUAAGUCUAGGUUCAUAAAGAAAUUAAGUAGAGUAUCAUGAAACAAGCUAAAUCAAUUUAACAUACUACUUAGGUACUGUGUGAUAGUGAACCUGAAAGGUAAAAGAAAUGUAAUGAGGCAAAAAAUAAACACAAAAAUAUUAAAUAUAAAAACAACAUGAUAAUAUAAUACGAGGACUAUCCAAAAUAUGAAUAAUCGGAAUAAUUAUAAAUUUUUCUCAACCAAUCAAGUUGUUAAUCGAAAAAAAAUAAAACAAAAUUACCGUAAUUUAUCUAUAAAGUGUGA